AUGGGCAAAUUCAGACUCCCAGAAGCAGGAAUACCGGAUGUCCAGCUAUCACCCGAACGCCAGGCAGCUUUGAUCGCCGAGGUGGACGCGGUGAUCCAGCACACGUUGGAACUCCGUGGAGCGUUCGCAGCCGGCGGACGUCAACUUGACAAGGAGGCGUGGAAGCUGGUCAAAACCAAAGACGACGUCCGCGCGUACCGUUCGCGUCGUGCGUUGCACGGCGGUGUGACGCAUCAUGACAGGUCGGAUGUGCUGGCGUCGUCAUCGUCCUCAGACUCUGCUACACACCGAUCAACCAUGGAUAAGCUCACCGGGAUCGCGUCGUCCGCUUCGUCAGGUGACAGUGACCAUCUCAGGUUGAAAAAGACGUCGCGUCCGCCGGCCGUCGUGCUGUCGGGUGUCAUCACCGGCACGGCCGAAGACGCCGCGUUGGGAAUGCUGGCCGACACUGAGGCGCACGCUAUGAUGCGCAACUCGUACUUGGGAACAGAGCUGGAGGACUCGCGUCUGCUUGCGGUUCUCGUCCAUCCGAACGCGGAACACCCGCUUAACUUCAUUGGUUUGAAGUGGGGUCUACAGUCGUACGGCCGAUUCAGCCAGGCCCGCGACUUCCUGUUUCUCGAGGCGUCUGGCCUCAUGAAGGACGCCAAGGGCAAACUCGUCGCCUACGGUGUGCGCCAAUCUGUAGAUCUUUCGGACGUGUUGAAGCUACCGCGUCCGUCCGAUUGCAUCCGUGGCCAAAUGUCCGGUUGCCAGACAUUCGCGAACACGGGACUGCCGCCUAAUGACCCCCGUCACCGGUCGGUCGAGAUGUUCUCGCGUGCGUUCUUGGAGCUUGACGGAGACGUUCCAGUCAAUGUGGCGGCCACGGCGUACGCCGAGAACCUCAUGGCCCUCGUAAACUCCAUUGAGUGCGCGAACGCCUACAAACUCACGUGGUUGAUGAAGAAAUCUGCUCGCACGGCGCACGGCCGUGUCGGAUCGACCAGUCACUGCGCCAACUGCACACGCAGUCUCAACAAGCUCGGCAACAUCUUAUUCCAACGCGGCGGCACGUGUCAAGUCUGCCGUCGUGUUCUGUGUGGAAAGUGCUCAGUGAACAAGAAGAUUUCUGUCGGUAUUGGCGCCGAAGUCAUGCAGAAGUCCAUGCUCUUCUGUCUCGAGUGUCUGCUUGAGGCCAAGCAGAUCCCUGCCAAUCAGGUGGCGGUUGAUAUGCUGAACUGGUAG